AUCACCCAGUUGCCAGCCAUAACAAGUGCCUUCCUCAUCAGCACCGACGCCAUCCAUCCAUUCACCAGUGCCAGCGCACCCUGCAAAUUUUGGCUUACCUUAGGUUUGCACUGACUGACCUUACUGACCUCAUUCCCGUCUGGUCUCCCACAACCUCCACCACCACCACCUCCUCCAGCCGUCUUCGUCUUCGUCUUUUACAUCAGACACACCACACACUCCUCUUCUUAACUUACACCACCACACUUGGUUUCUUCCCCCCCUCCAAUCCCCUCAUUUAGAGCUUCUUACUCUUCGUUGUCAACCCGUAUUCUUUUCUACUCAGGAAACAUUCUGCGAAUCACUCUCACUCUUGUGUUCCUGUCAAACAGCUCCACAGCAGCCCAAUCGCCAGUAGCUUAGCACCCCGUCACCCACGAAACCUAGACACGACCGCGCAUUCGUCUUGCCUCAAACCGGUCCCAAAGCAGCACAACAACCACUCAAACGAUAUCUCCAGAUUCCCGACAGGGUCCCAACCUUCCACCCAGAAAUCCAUCCUAUACCACGUCGCAUUGUCGAACAUCAUGAUAGGCCUGCUUCCGAACUACGAUUGCCGGCUCCCGAGUUAACAAUACCCACAUUCGAUUGGUAUGAGGACUAGACGAGGCUCCAUUCCCUUUGCUGUCUCACUUGAAAAUCCUCGGCCAUGGAAAAGACAUUCAGCACCACAAACGGGCCCUCUGACGCAAGCCAGUCACGCAUAGAACAUACAGAGACGUCCAUCACUACCCCCUCAAACAACGCCGCCGAGACCCAACCGCACUCUAAACCAUCCUCCGCCACAACCUCGUUAACACCGUCACCAUACAACUCCCGCGACACCUCCCCGUCACGAAAGGCACAGAAGCCCGUUCACGCGCCCAAAUCCGCAUCUACCCCCGGCCUGAGAUCGCGCAAGAGCAGCCAACAGGACUUGACUGCAGUACGGACACCCAGGUCCAAUACCAACAUCCCAGGGCCGGCGACGUCGUCCAGGACGCUCUCCGCAGCGACAACUCCUACUUUACUCCCGAAUUCACAAGAAUCCUUCCUUAGAUCUAUCAAUCCUCAGAAGGCACCUCUCAAUACUGAGGUAGCUCAAACGAGAGACAGCCCUCGCUGGCCUGUGUCGCCUCGCUUGCGCUCACCCCCUCCUCAGCUCAAUAAGCCUCACAUUCCGCCCACCACACGAAAAGGCGAGCAGGAAGCCCCGAGGGUGAAUCUCACGAAAGCCUCCCCGACUCCACAACCGGAUCGCCUCCCUUCCAUGUCAGAGAGCGAAACCGACGACUCGCUACUACCAUCUGGCGUGCGAACCCCAGUGACCGUAAACGGCUCAACUCUGGAAACAGUACAGGAAGUGAGUUUGCCGAAUUCGCCAGGGCAAAUGGACUCUACGCUGGAGCAGGUCAACGAGAAGUUGGCCCACGAGGCUGCUGUGAGUGCCGAAAGCCUGGCGACGCAAGUGGACAACAAUCGCACUAUUCGCCUUAGCAGGGGAGCCCUCCAGGCUCACGACAACAUGGGCGACAACGGGACACUCAGAGUGCGAUCGCAGAGCUCCGCUCCUGCCCCGACGGUUACGCGACAGUCUAGUGUGCUGUCCAACAAGCAAGGCAAGAGCAAAGCAACGGGAGAAGGAUCUUCCCUCAUAGUCGAGACGGAAACGGUGUCGUCUAUUCCCCAGGUGGCAUUGGCACCUGCUUCUAAAUUGGAAGUCAGCAGCGGCACACUAAGGGCGAAGCCAAGUACCGAGACGAUUAGGCCCAAGAAAGACAAGAAGAAGACGAGCCGGAAGCAACCCACAGUCAACUCUGGCAACGCAUCCUCCAAGGCGGAUAUUUUUGAGGCUAAAGUGGCCAGCGCCGUUGACGAGGCGAAUACGUCAGACUCAGAGGAAACAUUCGUUUACGAUAGUAACCCCCCGGAUGUCGACAGGCGCAGAUUUCACUCGCGGACACCUAGCGCUACUUCGAUGAUUAGCCAGGCUGACAGACCUGGCGGUAUGGGGAUGCGCUCAAUUCAUGAGGCUCUGCAAGGCAGCGGCGCCGCCGCCGCAGCCGUCGGGCUGAAGAAGAGCAUGAAGUUUGUCAACACGUUCAACAGCAAUGGAGCAGAGAGCCUUGGCGUCGAUGAAGAUGGUAAGGGCAGCGGCAGGAGUGUAGGCCCAGGAUCGGGCAGAGGUACGAGUCGGCAUCACCACCACAAUCACUUUGGUCGCUGGGGGCGACAGCCAGGAAACUCACACCCCUCACUUUUCGACAACGAAUCGCUCUUCCCAAAUGCUGCUCGGUCUAAGCUCUCGGGCAACACCUCGAGACAGUCAUCCGGCCCUCCUAGUCCUAGGGUUGCGAGCUCUGCUAGAGGUGGACCUCACGCGCUCGGAAAGCGAUCGUCGAUUCAGAUGGCCCGUUACGAUGCGGCCGACGAUACUACGACCACUGGCGCUGACGACGAGCGCACCCCGUUGAUUUCAUCUACAGUCAGGUCUUCCAGGAGGAGCAGACGUCAACCUGCAAAUCUGCGGAACCUCGAAUCACAAACGUACAGGCAGCAACCAUCCUAUCUGAAUCGAUUUGCAGCUUGUUUGGUUGUCACUAUGAUGUUGCUCCUCGUCAUUACUGGCGCGAUUGGCUUUAUGUUCGCGACCUCGCAGCCGCUGACGGACAUUCAGUUGGUCUCUGUCAAGAAUGUCUUGGCUAGUGACCCAGAAUUGAUGUUCGACCUGACGGUCAAAGCCCACAAUCCCAACAUCGUGGUCGUCUCUAUCGAUCAGGCGAAUCUGGAGAUAUUUGCAAAGUCGCCUCACGCGGGCACUGACUUUGACUGGUGGAAGCGGCCACAUGAAGGGGAGUUGGGAGACCCAGACAUGCAUAUUCGAGAUUAUCCCCCCGACGAUCCACCAGACGAAGACAAUGCUCCGAACAUGCGACUCGGAACCAUUAUGGAGUUUGAUAGCCCGCUAUCAUUUGAGGGGUCUUUCUUCAAUAAGGGUGUAUCGGCAUCGACAGGCACCAUGAGACUCCAUCUUCCAGGCAACCACUCUGCUGGAGGUUCUGAGCGAUGGGGUCGUAUCAUCCAGGAUGAAUUCGACUUGAUCGUCAAAGGUGUCGUCCGUUAUUCUUUACCGUUGAGCCAGCGGGUUAGAAGCGCACCAAUUUCUGGCAGAACAACAGUCAAGCCAAACUCGGCUAAUGACCCUUCUCUCCGACCAAACACAACACUCCCUGGAGAAGUACCUGGUCUUGAACCGUAGGGUGUCUCCCUUACUGGAGGUCGGCACAUUCGAUCAUUUUCUUUGUCAACUUGUUCUGUAUAUUGAGCGUGCAUGGCAUAGCAUAGUAUUUCGGGGAAAAGCGGCGUUGAGCGAGGCUUUCCAGCAAUAAAUGCUUCGGAACAAAGACAGACAAAAGCGAACUGUAUAUACUUCUCUUAUUGAGAGCAUCGCUGACCACGAUGACUCUCGGAUCUCCAGCUAGCGUGCUCACGCAGCUUUUGUUUCUUGCGUUUGACUUUCUUCAUCCAGCCAGACCACGACUUUGGUGGACCACAUGCCAUUCCUCGGCACAGCAGAUCACGGGACAGGACAGCGAAACGCACUCAUUCAGGCACAGGACCGUUCUUCAUAUUAGGGCAAGGGUUAGGACAUUUGGGUUUUGCGUUGCUUUCUUUAUCAGUAUGGGAAUCUUCUUUGCAACGGCCUUUUUCAGCUCUUGGGUUCAUUAGAAAGGGAAAAGUAGCAACUACGCUGUUGUAAUUGUAACGAAACUUCACGACCAACAGAGGAGAUCAGAAGACAAGGAGUCAGGUCCGCCCACAGAGGUGCGCGACAAAAACAAGAAAGUCAGUUUUGACGUGGAGGUUGUGCAGUCUUAGCGAGGUUCGUGAUGGACAAGGUAGCCCAGAGCUAGGUAGACAGCUAGAGAAUGCCGAUACUAGCUCUCCUGAGACUGGACAUUCAUUUGCCUUGAAGCAUGCCUACCUGCUAUGUAUUUACUACGUCUCACGAGGCCCACACGUGUUGACAAUCAUGGCAUGGGCAGAGCCUCAGUUGUUUGGCUACCAUUCCGCCAGCCAGCCUGCAGAUCCGAGGAAUAAACAGACUACCCUCCACAACCAUGCACCCAAGGCCCCCAUCCCA